GCCGCUGGGCACUCCCGGGUUCUGCUGCUGCGCCCGCCGCCGCCGCCACCACCGCGGGGCUCCGGGAGGAGGCGCAGCCGGAGAGGGAGGAGGAGAAGCAGGGGGAGGAGGGGAGAGGCGCAGGGGGCGGAGGAUGGAGCCCCGGGCCGCCGCGGCGGGCGAGCCCGAGCCUGCGGCGGCGGCGUCCUCCUUCCAGGCCCGGCUCUGGAGAAACCUGCAGCUGGGGGUGGGCAGGAGCAAGGGCGGCGGGCGCGCUGGGGGUCCGGAGCGCCGCACUGCGGACACCCCGUCGGCCUCCCCGCCGCCCCCGGGGGACACCCUGGCCAGCGUGGGUGGCGCGGGCAGCAGGUGGAGCGGCUUCAAGAAGCGGAAACAGGUGCUGGACCGAGUGUUCUCCUCCUCUCAGCCCAACCUGUGCUGCUCCUCGCCGGAGCCCCUGGAGCCCGGCGGCGCCGGAAGAACCGAGCAGAGGUCCACGCUGCGCCGCCGGAUCCGCGAGCACUUGCUCCCCGCCGGGAAGGGGCUGGCGACGGCCGCGGGAGCAGCCGGAGUGACGCCUCCUGGCGGGCGCUCGCCGGACUCGGCUCCUUCCUCGUCCUCCGCCUCUUCCUCCCUGUCCUCCUCGCCCCAGCCGCCCCCGAGGGGAGACCGGGCCCGAGAUGAACGCGCACGGCAAAGGGGCCCCGGGGCGCACUUGUGCCACCAGAAGAGCUCCUCUCUGCCGGGAACUGCCUGCCUGGAACAGCUGCUGGAGCCGCCACCGCCUCCCGCGGAGCCGGAGCGGAGCCCGGUGGGGCUGCGGACCUCGCCGAAGGGCGAAGAAGGCGGCUGCAGCCAGAAAAUAAACACCGCUGGGGCCAGUGAUGCAGACGCCCCGUUGGCAGACCCCGGAAUGUACCAGUUGGAUGUUACAUUAAGAAGGGGCCAAAGUUUAGCUGCCCGGGAUCGAGGAGGGACAAGUGAUCCAUAUGUGAAGUUUAAAAUUGGAGGAAAAGAAGUUUUUAGAAGUAAAAUAAUACACAAAAACCUCAACCCUGUGUGGGAAGAAACAGCUUGCCUUCUUGUUGAACAUCUGAGGGAGCCCCUUUACAUAAAGGUAUUUGACUAUGAUUUUGGACUACAGGAUGACUUUAUGGGCUCGGCCUUCCUGGAUCUUACACAACUGGAGUUAAACAGGCCCACAGAUGUCACCCUCGCUCUGAAGGAUCCCCAUUAUCCCGACCAUGAUCUUGGGAUCAUUUUGCUCUCCGUGGUUCUUACCCCUAAAGAAGGAGCGUCCAGGGAUGUGCAGAGUUCAAUCCACAGCUUUCUUCAUUGGAGAAUUUGUGAAAUAAAAACAAUGCUAAUGAGGAAGAGUUGGAAAAGAUCAAGUAAGGAACUCUCAGAAAACGAAGUGGUUGGAUCUUAUUUCUCUGGGAAGUCUUUCUUUUGGAGGACAUGUGGCAGGCCUGUUCUUCCUGUGCUGGGCUUGUGCAGAGCAGAGCUUCCGAGUCGUUGUUGCCAAAACAUACAAUUUCAGACCCAAAGUUUGCGUCUGUCAGACCAACACAGAAAGUCCCAGCUCUGGAGAGGGAUCGUCAGCAUCACCCUGAUUGAGGGACGGGCCCUCAAGGCCAUGGACUCCAACGGGCUGAGCGACCCCUACGUGAAGUUCCGCCUCGGGCAUCAGAAGUACAAGAGCAAGAUUAUGCCCAAAACUCUGAAUCCUCAAUGGAGGGAACAAUUUGAUUUUCAUCUCUAUGAAGAAAGAGGAGGAAUCAUUGAUAUCACUGCUUGGGACAAAGAUGCUGGGAAAAGGGAUGAUUUCAUUGGCAGGUGCCAGGUGGACCUGUCGGCCCUGAGCAGAGAGCAGACGCACAAGCUGGAGCUGCAGCUGGAGGAGGGGGCGGGGCACCUGGUGCUGCUGGUCACCCUGACGGCCUCGGCCGCGGUCAGCGUCUCUGACCUCUCUGUCCACUCCCCGGACGACCAGAGCGAGCGGGAGGAGAUCCUGAAGAGAUACGGUCCACUGAGGAUAUUUCACAACCUGAAAGAUGUGGGAUUUCUCCAAGUGAAAGUCAUCAGAGCAGAAGGGCUGAUGGCUGCUGACGUAACAGGUAAAAGUGACCCAUUUUGUGUCGUAGAACUGAACAACGACAGAUUGCUGACACAUACUGUCUACAAAAAUCUCAAUCCCGAGUGGAACAAAGUCUUCACAUUCAACAUUAAAGAUAUCCAUUCAGUUCUUGAAGUGACAGUUUAUGAUGAAGAUCGGGAUCGAAGUGCUGACUUUCUGGGCAAAGUUGCUAUCCCAUUGCUGUCUAUUCAAAAUGGUGAACAGAAAGCCUACGUCUUGAAAAACAAGCAGCUGACAGGGCCAACAAAGGGGGUCAUCUAUCUUGAAAUAGAUGUGAUUUUUAAUGCUGUGAAAGCCAGCUUACGAACAUUAAUACCCAAAGAACAGAAGUACAUUGAAGAGGAAAACAGACUCUCUAAACAGUUGCUACUGAGAAACUUUAUCCGAAUGAAACGUUGUGUCAUGGUGCUUGUAAAUGCUGCAUACUACGUCAAUAGUUGCUUUGACUGGGAUUCACCCCCAAGGAGUCUGGCUGCUUUUAUGCUCUUUCUCUUUGUUGUCUGGAACUUUGAGCUCUACAUGAUACCGCUGGUUUUGUUGUUGCUAUUGACAUGGAACUACUUCUUGAUAAUAUCAGGGAAAGAUAACAGGCAACGUGAUACAGUCGUGGAGGACAUGCUAGAGGACGAGGAGGAGGAGGAGGACAAGGAUGACAAGGACAGUGAAAAAAAGGGAUUCAUAAAUAAAAUCUAUGCCAUCCAGGAGGUAUGUGUCAGUGUCCAGAACAUCCUAGAUGAAGUGGCUUCCUUUGGCGAAAGGAUAAAGAAUACUUUCAACUGGACUGUCCCUUUCUUGAGCUGGCUGGCCAUUGUAGCCCUCUGUGUGUUCACAGCUAUCCUGUACUUCAUUCCGCUGAGAUACAUUGUCCUUGUCUGGGGCAUCAAUAAAUUUACAAAAAAGCUGCGGAGUCCGUAUGCAAUUGACAACAAUGAACUACUUGACUUCCUUUCCAGAGUCCCUUCAGAUGUACAAGUGGUGCAAUACCAGGAACUGAAACCAGAUCCCUCUCAUAGCCCAUAUAAAAGAAAGAAAAACAAUCUUGGCUAGCCAGCUCCCAGCGCUGAGGAGACCGGCAUCUGUGUGGGGAGAUAAAAGGAAAAGCCUUCAGCCUCAGCAGCGUUUGCUUUCUUUCUGCUUUUUAUUUAUUUUGCCUUUUUAUCCUGAUUGAGAGAAUUUGUAAAUAGUGUACAAAGGGAUAUGUCUUUGAAAACAUACUUCUAUUGUACAGACACAACUUGACAAAGGUUUAGCUACUGCUGUGUGAAAGCCUUGUUAGCUGCGGAUAAUAAUACAACACACUGAAGAAACGAACGUUAGGAACAGUAACAGUGGAAGGUACACGUUUCUCUAAUUACAAGUGGAAGAACCAGCGUAUUAAAUAUUCAACUGUGCGCUGAUUAAAUCUACAUAAAUUGUAAAUGUCAAUUUGAUUUUAGUUUUUGUUAAAUGUGCCUAUUUUUUAUCUGAAAAGUAAUCCAUUACAGUUUUCUAUGUUUUAUACAUUUCGAAAGGGAGGGAAAUCCCAAAGCCUGAAUAAUGGAAUAGACACAUUUCAGUUUCACAUAGAUCCUGACUUAGAUCCUGACAUUCGAGCCUGCGCAGAUGACUUCAGUAUGACUAGGAUGAUUUUAAGCUAGUGAGCACAGGUACAUUCACGCACCUCAACAGUAUCUUCAACACUCUGAAACCCUAUAAAGAAAACCUGCAAACUUUCUAUCAUUCCAUCUAAAACCUUAAAAUCUCUAUGGGACUAGACAACACCAAUACUGCCAGGUUUAUAAAUGAUUGCCUAUCUGAAUUUUUAUAUCUACUGCUACUUUAAUUUGUACCAAGUUAGCAAAUUAGCAACUCAGUUCAGUUGUCAAAAUACUAGCAAACUAUAGCCAUAACUGCUUUUGGUGUCAGAGUAUGCAUCUAAAAAUAUUUUAAUACUCAAGUGUUCUCACAGAAAAAAAAUCUGCUUUCUCAUUAGGUUACUGAAAUGCUUUACUGCACACUAUGAUUUUGUUACUGUGUGAAUUUUAGUGUCGAGGAGAAUGCAGUGUACUUAGUGGUAUACCAUAGUUUCAUUACAUUCAUUUAUGAAAAAAAAAUCAUUGAUAAUAUGAAUGCAUGAAAAACUUGUUUUGUAAAAUAAACUGCUUGUUGGGAGUUGGGGGGAUUGCCUUUAAAAAUGUCACUAUAUACCUUAGAAGUGACACUUCUAACUUGUAUUCCCAAGAUUCUUUCGGUAGUUUUUAUAUCUAACUUCCUGGUCUAUUGAGGGAAGUACACCUCUGGAGAAAAGCAAUUUGGUUGGUGAGAACGUCUUACUCCCCUAACUCGGUAGGGAAUUAACUCAGUGGAAAUUGUUGUAGACAAUGUUUUGCACUACUUUAUUAACAAUAGACUGGGGUGAGAGUUAUGCUGGAAAAAUGUAGAAAAGCUCAAAGCAAGAAAUAUAUAUUUCAUUCUAAAGGAAGAUUCUUUAAAAAUUCAAUCUCAUUGAAGCUGAUUUUUAAAGUAUUUUUAUUUUAGAGAUAUGUUGUUAAAUACUAUUUCUUAUAAUAGAACUAUUUUGAUCUGUUUAUACACUAUGCUUGAAAGAAUGUCAAUUAAAUUCCCUUUCUACAGAAAGGCUUUGACCUCAGUAUGCUCUAUUUAGCACAUCCUGUUUAAAAUGACAUGCUCACAUCCACCAUCAUUGUUUGUUGCUAAAACAUAAUACUUCAUGAAGUUGAUGUUACUACAGAAAGUUUGAUCAGAUAAUUUGUUGGAAAUAACUUCCUAUUAUACUUUAAUGUGAGAUUUAUGUUCUGUGUUGACGUCUACUCAGAUGUCUAUAAGGCUGAUAUUCGACAACCGCAGAUGUAUCUAGUGGCUAGUAACCAUUAACAGAUGACUAAUUUUUGUUUGUUUCAUUGUACCAAAUUUCAGAUGUUUAGUUCAGUGGUAAUGUUGACGACAUAUUCACUGCAUUAAAUACAAAAGAAAACCUUUGCCAUGUAUAAUCAGUCCUCCUUUCCCUUUUUAGGGGAUUAUGUGCUUAUUCUUCUUAUAAAUGACAUUUGACUUGGAAAAAUACAGAUUUGAUUUGAACUAGGCCACUUCUAAAACCUUGACUGCUGUAUAAAACUCAGUACCUCUGCAGGGGUGAGCGUCCAAUGGGACUGAUGCUUGAGGCAUGAAAGUGACAUGGAAGGAAACAUCUACUACUACACUUUCAGAAGCUACUGCACUCCACAGGCUGAAAACACCAUGAAUAGUGAAGCUUUGCUUCUUUCUGUCUUCUUCUCACACAGGAGAAAUUGUCUUGUGUGCUGCCUAGUGAUAUAAGAUUUGUGAUAUGAUUUCAAGGUAUCUUAAGAGACUGAAUGUCACUCUAACAUUGUCAACUACUCAACUACUAAAUAGACUCCUCAGAAUAUGUAUCUGCCUGUACUUUACUGAGUAAAUUCACUGAAAGUUGUUUAUAUUCAUAUUCCAAACUACAAUGCCAUUAUUGUGAUAAUUCAUAUGUGAAUUAUCAGAAAAUAUAUUUCUGCUUAUUUUAACUUUUUUCACCUAUU